AAGAGGGAAAGAAAAUGAACUUGAAAAUAUGAACACUGUCAUCUGUGAUGCUGACAUGAAUGACGGUACAGCUGUCAAAACAACAUGUGACACAAACMAAGAAGAACUGGUGCAAACUAACAAUGCAAACUGCACUGUGUCGUGUGAAGAUGGUACAGGCAUAGAAAAGCAACAACAURACACURAAAAUWUAACAGAAGAAAAGAAUGACAAUUACUCAAUUGAAUGUUCUGCUGAAGAAGAAWGUUGUGCUGAAGAUAAUGUAGACAUGGAAGAUUAUGAACCGAUACCUAUUGAGUACAACUUCAGUCAAAUACCACAACAAUUAASUGGAGCGUGGAUGGAAUUUGAAUCAAAACAAGAAAAUUUUUUGAAAGGAUGCAAAUGGGCCCCUGAUGGAACUUGUCUGUUAACAAACAGUGAUGAUAAUCUUCUCAGACUUUUCAACCUUCCUGCUGAGUUAUAUCAGUCACUCUCUGGAGACAAUUUGACAGAACUGAGUUCAGUUUUGAAGGCAAAGGAAGGUGAAACUAUUUAUGAUUAUUGCUGGUAUCCUUACAUGUCGUCAAUGGACCCUGACACUUGCUGUUUUAUCAGUACAAGCAGAGAUCAUCCCAUCCAUAUGUGGGAUGCCUUYACAGGAGAGUUAAGAUGUUCUUUCAGAGCAUAUAAUCACAUGGACGAGCUUGCAACUGCUACAAGUUUAGCUUUCUCUCAAGAUGGCAGCCAUAUUUAUUGUGGUUUUAACAAAAUGCUUCGUGUGUUUCACACCAAUCGACCUGGACGACAAUGUCAAGAAAGACCAACUUUUGCAAAAAAGGUUGGUCAAAGUGGUUUAAUUUCCUGUAUUGCAAUGAGUCCACCAAACACAAAUCUUUAUGCUCUUGGUUCAUACUCCAAGUCAGUUGGUGUAUACAGCGAGAGUGAUGGAGAACUUCUCUGCCUGCUACAAGGGCAGGUUGGUGGAGUUACACAUGUCAUGUUUUCACCYGAUGUUACUAAGCUAUAUAGUGGUGGAAGAAUGGACAAUGAGAUUCUCUGYUGGGAUCUUAGAAAUCCAGGAAGUGUAUUGUAUAGACUUAUGAGGACUGUAACAACAAAUCAAAGAAUCUACUUUGACUUGGACAGGAGUGGCCAAUAUGUUGUAUCUGGAAGUAACGAUGGUACUAUAUCAGUCUGGGACACUAAUGCCAGUGUAUCAGAUAAUACUGAAUCAACAGAACCAGUCCUUAAACCUUUGAUAACAUAUAUCGGCCAUGGAGACUGUGUGAAUGGUGUAAGUUUUCAUCCCACACUUCCAUUACUGGCAAGUUCUUCUGGACAAAGGCAGUUCCCAUUACCWGGAAAUGAGAACAGUGACAGCAGUGAUGAGGAAGAAACUACAUCACAAGAGAAACAAGACAAUAGUCUUCGGAUUUGGAGCCUUGCUUAAAAAUAUUGAAAAAAAUUACUAGUAAACAGUAAACAUUUUUGCAAUGUGACAUUUAUCUUACCCAUGCUAGCUACAUUCUCAAUUUGUAAAUAGAUAAUAUAGAUAUUUUAUUCAAUGUAAAAAGAAACAUGAUUUUGAGUUAUUCUAGGAAUGAUAAAUCAAGAAAUAAUUUUCAUAUUUUCAUAUGUCGUCAUCUGCCAAGUUCUAAGUCUUGAAUCUCUUUUAUAAGAGCUGCUUCUGAUUUGAUUUUCUCAAGCUGAAAAGAAAGUACAAAUUCUCAAUUACAUUGUGAUAUAAAUACGUUGUUUCCAGGAUGACUUAACAACUAUCAAAAGAUCAUUUUACCUGAUUAACUUCUAGUUUUUUGCCAUCUUUUUGCUGUUGUUUAAGAUCUUCAAUCUGUCUUAAUUUCUAUGAAACAUAGUCACCCAAAUUAUUGCCUUCAAUUGCAUUUGCACUACUUGUUUAAGAUCUUCAAUCUGUCUUAAUUUCUAUGAAACAUAGUCACCCCAAUUAUUGCCUUCAAUUGCAUUUGCACUACUUGUUCAAGGAUGAUGUACAAACCUUUUUUAGGUUUCUUAGUUUCUUGUCAUCAACAGGAAGAUUACUUUGUGAAUAUGGUAAACUUUCUGGUAUAGGAGAUACCUGUAAUACAGUUUUAUCAUUGAA